AUGCGGCGCGCGUGGCGAGCGGGCCGCGUGCUGCACGUGGCGGCGCUGCUGGCGGCGGCGCUGCCCCGGCCGGCCGCGGAGCCGCCGCGCGCGUGCCGCGCCGACGCGCUGUGCCUGUGCCGCGACGACCACCUCGCCUGCAGCCUCGUGCCCUUCCACAGGUUUCCUGAUACAGACGCUUCGGUGUGGCAUGUGUCGGUGUCGCAGGCGCGGCUGGGCGCGCUGGGCGAGGCGGCGCUGGACGCGCGGCGCCUGCGCACGCUCGUGCUCGUGGCCUCGCAGCUGCACCACAUCGAGCCGCGCGCGCUCGCGUCCAUGGCAAACACGCUGGCCUCGUUGGAUCUAGGAUACAAUGAAUUUACAGAGGUACCGAUAGAAGCGUUACACGAACUGAAAGUGUUAAACUGGCUCAAUUUGCAGAACAACUUCAUAAGCGAAAUCGACCCGAAGAUGGACUGGGGGUUUCUGGUCGAAUCUCUGAGCACACUCUCCCUGAGCAACAACCACCUGUGCGCGCUGAGCUCGGGCGCGCUGGCGCCGCUGCGUCGGCUGGCGGCGCUGGAGCUGGACGGCAACCGGCUGCACGCGCUGGCGCCGGGCGCGCUGCCGCCGGCGCUGGCGCUGCUGCGGCUGGCCGACAACCUGCUGCCGCGCCUGCCCUGCGCCGCCGCGCGCUUGCCGCGCCUGCGCCACCUGCAGCUGCGCGACAACCUGCUGCGCGCCGCCGCCAACCACUCCUGCCGCCUCGAGCGCUCCAGGAUAGACUCUCUCGAUCUCAGCCACAACGAGCUCGAUGAUUAUUACGACUUCGAAUUUCUUGCCAAAUUGCAGCUCAAGCAACUCAUCUUGGAUAUGAACGAUUUCACGACCAUACCUUCCCUGCCGCUGGACAAUAUGCGUCUCGUAAAACUGUCAAUCUCGCACAAUCGAAUAGCGGUCGUUUCGGAUGCGGCUGUACAUGCGUUGAAACGCGAUUUGGAACGCCUCGACUUGGACCACAACGACUUGGCAACUUUACCGAGCAGCGUCAGGGAGUUGACGCGGCUGAGGUAUCUGUCGGUCGCCUACAACAGGCUGGAAGAGUUGGAGGACCUGCCGCCGAACCUGUACUCGCUGUCGGCGGCGGGCAACUACUUGAGCGCGUUCCCGGCGGGGCUGAGCGGGCUGGCGCCGGGCGCGCUGACGCGGCUGGAGCUGGGGUACAACCGCAUCGCGAGCGUGGCGCCGGAGGCGUUCGGCGCGUGGGCGCGCGCGCUGGCCGCGCUGGGGCUGCGCGGGAACCGCAUCGCGCAGCUGCCGGCCGGCGCGCUCCCGGCGCUGCCGCUGCGCGAGCUGGCGCUGAGCUUCAACGACCUGUACUACGUCGACCCCGCCGCGUUCGCUGACCUCACCGAGUUACACGUGUUGGAGUUAUCCUCUACGCUCUUCAGCGGAGAGUUCCCUCUGGAAUCACUGUUGACGAACUUGACGUGGCUCACUUUAGAUAAUAAUAAUAUUCAUCGAGUGUCGUCGGACGAUAUCUAUAAUUUUCCGUCUUUGGAAUUUCUUAAUUUAGAUUUUAAUAAGAUAGUAGAGUUUCCUAGUGAAAUGAAUGAAACGAACAGUGCUUCUCGGCUUAAGGAACUGAGACUGUCAUACAACUACAUAAGCAAAGUGAACUCAAAGUUUCUUAUGAAUUUGUCCGAAUUGCAAAGCAUAGAUUUGUCGUACAAUCGUAUGCUCAAUAUCAGCGAGCAUAGCUUUGCGAGUUUACGGAACUUGGUUUAUUUAAGUUUAGCCGGAAACCUCGUAGAGUUCGUGGCCGAUAGAGCGUUCAGUGAUCUACCAAGACUAGAAGCUCUCGACCUGCAGCAGAACCGCUUGAUCGAGUUCUCUACUGAAUAUUUUGAGAACGUAUCUAGUGAAGAAAAAGACUUAGCCAUACUCGAUCUUUCCCAUAACAGACUAGGGCAGUUGUCUAUCGAGCAGUUCCACAACAUGCGGUGCCUGCGCCACCUGCGGCUGGCCGCCAACGAGCUGCGCGCGCUGCCGCGGGACUGCUUCAAGAACACGGUGCUGGAGCACCUGGACCUCAGCGACAACCGGCUCGGGCUGUUCCCCGGCAGCGCGCUGGCGCACGUGGGCUUCACGCUGCGCCGCCUGGAGCUCGCGCGCAACCGCCUGGAGUACCUGGACGCCGCCAUGCUGCACGCCACCUCCUUCCUGCACGAGCUGGGGCUCGCGAGCAAUGCUCUCACGGUGCUCUCGGACAACACUUUCGCCGGCCUCUCUCGACUCGCUCGGCUCGACCUUUCCCAUAAUUCUAUAAAAACCAACUUUAAGGAGCUCUUUCACAACCUGCCCAGACUCAGAAAGCUGGCACUGGCCGGCUCUGGACUGAAGGUUAUCCCCCAUCUACCACUCGCUAAUCUGACCCAUCUCGAUCUGAGCGUAAAUCAGAUUGCUUCUUUUCGCGAAACAGAUGUCCGCCGACUCACAAACUUACGUUCACUUGACAUAUCAUUCAACAAACUGACAUCGCUCCAUCCAUCGAUGUGGACGGGUCUCCCUAGAUUGUCUAGUUUAGAUGUAUCACAUAAUCCAUUGGUUCGAGUGACAAGAGGAUCAUUCGAGGGUCUAGAUAAAUUGAUGCAUCUUAGGAUGGAACAUCUGUGGCAUCUGGAUGCAAUCGAACCGCGCGCAUUUUUGUCACUCGCAUCCCUGCGGUCGGUGGCUAUAGAAUCUCCGACUGGAGGCGUAUCUAUCGCGGCGGUGGCCAGCUACGUUCCAGGUCUCGAGUCGAUCGUGCUACACGUGAGAUCGAGCGCGCUCGACGAGCAGUUGCACGGGCUGCGGGCGCCCAAGCUCCGCGCGCUGGAAGUGCGGGGAGGCGCGCUGCGGCGCGUGUCGGCGCACGCGUUCGCGUCGCUGGGCCGGCAGCGCGCGCUGGCGCUGCGGCUGAGCGGCACGGGCGUGACCGCGCUGCCGGCGGGGCUGGUGCGGCCGCUGGCGCGAGUGCCGCACCUCGCGCUGGACUUCAGCGACAACCGGCUGGUCGCGUUCGGCCCGGCGACGUUGUACCCGAACCUGACGGGCUGGAACCGAUUCGCCACCAAACUCGCUUCGGGUGGGUUGGUGGUGGCGGGCAACCCGCUGCGCUGCGGGUGCAGCGUGUCGUGGGUGGGCGCGUGGCUGCGGCGCUGGGCGGCGGAGGCGGGCGGCGGCGCGGCGGGCGCGCGCGCGGCGGCGGUGCGCAGCGAGUGCGUGGCGGCGGGCGGGCGGCGCGCGCUGCUGGCGCUGGACGCGGACGAGGCGGAGUGCCACGCCAGCGCGCUGUCCAGCGACGCGCGUGCGCUGGCGCCGCCCGCCUUCUUCUGGAUCGUGCUUCUUCAUUCUGUCAGUUAG